AGAUCGUGUGGAACUUUCUUUUGUCUGCUGUCGUCUUCUCCCUCUUUCUUCCUUUUCUCUCCCGAGCGCCAUUUCUCGUCUAGCCGAACACGCCAACGCGACGCACCGGUGAUCGACUAUAUAUUUUUUUGUUUUUCUCUAAACAGAAAAAGGAGAGAAAAAUAAUCGAGAGAAGAAAGCGGAGCAGCAACAACAGCAACAAAGAAAAAAGAGAAGCAAAAGUAAUUUGUAUGUCGGCCACACCGUUCUCCCUUCGGCGUUUAUUCAACGGUUAGCAAACACCAUAGACUGCGGCGUUGUGUUACUGCUGAUUUUCAGAGCACAAGCUGCAUGGAGCUGACUGCUUCGCGCUUAUUCUUUCCUUCCACCUCCCCUCCAAAAAAGCAUAGAGAAAAAGAAAACACAACCUCUACUAUAUAUUUCUAGCCGUUUUCUUUGCUUUCCUUUUCCCCUUCCUAGUGAUCCUCUCGUACCGUGGCAGAGUUGAGCGCGUUCUACUUUACCGCCUACUGCUCUUUCUUUUUCUUUUUUUUUUCUCCGGUCUGCGUCUUCACAUAACAACCGCAUAGGAGCAGGGACUCUGUUUUUUCACCGUUUGCUUUUUGCGACAUCUUCCCUAUAGAUCAAGUAACACCACCACCGCAGCAGACAGACUCAUUUCUGUUUCCUCACUCAUUUUUUGUUUUAUUUUAUUUGUAUCUUUCGGAGUCUGUGCCUCCUCGACAAUAUUUCUCUUUUAUUGUUUUCUUCUUUUGGUUACCUGUUGUCCUGUCACGUGACACUUCCGCCAUUGACGUCUGUGGUGCCUUGGUGAGUAACCUUUAAAGAAGUUAAACGCAUAUAUAGUUUUCUUCUUCUUCUGCCUCUGCUUCUUUUCUUUUUUAUUUUUUUACUUACUUGUGGCUUCACUUUACCUUCACAAUUGUUACUAUUAUUCACCCAACGCUUUUAUUUUCUUUUCUCUCUUUCUGCCACACCGUUCUGGCAUGUUUUGGGGCGUGUGUGUGUGUGUGUGUGGGCGUGUUCAUUUUGACUUUGUUCGCUGAUUGGUUUUACUAUUGUGUUUUGAGGAGGGGGAGCCCAUCCUCGAACUUGCGCGCGUCGGCUGAUUGGCUGUAUCUACGUAGAUAUAGAUCGAUCUAUUCGUUUGUCAGCCUUGAAUACACAACAGCUUUUCUCCCUUCUCUUUUCCCUUUUUCCAACGUUGCCAGUUUAGCUCUAUUUCGCUUUCUGUUUCGUACACAACCGGUCAACACGCUUGUCACUGAUUGCUGUUGCCGUGGUCGCGUUGGUGCAUUCGUAGCUCGUGUACUUCUACACAAGCCCUGCUCGCUAACCAAUCAAUUCUAACUUUAUCGGUGGCGGUACGCUGCACGCGAUUGAGGCGGGAGACACAAACAAACACGCUAAAUACAUACAUCGAACGGAGCUUCCGCGUUUUGACGGUUGACACUUCUUUUUGUUGUUGUUUUCUGAAUACCUGUUUCCCGACGACGCUCGUUAACUUUUGUAUUUUCCCUUCUCUCCUUUCAUCCUCCUGCGGUAGAAUCUACUACGAACCAGAGCCUACCAUUACUGUUGCGCUCAGGUGGAACGAUAGAAGAAAGACGAAGCGCAUUUGUCGAUCGAGUACCACGAACGACGUCCUCACUCCAGGAGUGGCGAGGAAAGGCAGAUCUUACCGCAGCUAUUACGCAGAACGACGUGCGCAAGUCUUUUCUCUUUUUUCCUUCCUUUUCUUCUGCCUGUGUCGUUCUCAGUUCUCCUUCCGCACUGCAAGGAGAUAUAGAGAAAAAGGGGGGGGGAACCAACCGAAGGAAGCAAGUCUCGUCUCCACGCGUAGUACUUUUUUCUUUGUGGUUUUCACUGGUGGGGGACAGGAUUUCUUUCAUUUUCGAAAGCAGAAAGCAGAAAAGAGACAAAAGACCAAUGAACACGGCUGUGUUUGAGCUCUUGGGUAAGCUGGCCGCCGGGGCAUCGAGUGGUCAGCCCAACGCCUCUCCUCCUUACCUCCCUUUAACACCGCUGCAGACCUCCCUCCCUACUGAAGAAGACUGCGUGUUGCACGGUCGAGAGAAGCCCAUUCUCUUCUUCUAUGAUCCCCGCGGCCGAGCCGUCGCCGCCGCAGCAGCAACAACGACGAGGGUGCAUACUGCUGUUACUGCGGCUGCUGGUGCUCCCUGGCUGGCGGAGCUGGCAGCCGCUCAACUCGCCUCCCCCACGACGGCGGUGCAGUCUCUCUGCGUCACCGCGGCGGAGGACGACGUCGAGUCCCGCCUGCCCGGCGUUGAGGUGUGGGCGGAGUGGCCGCAGACGGUGCGGGGGUGGCAGCUGUGUCCGAUGAGCCAACUCUGCGCUGUGGUGCGCGGCAGGCCCACCGCCGCCGCCGCCGCGACCGGGCCGACGCUCUUUUUCUUGCUCGCCUCACGGUACGAGCUGGUCGGCACGCAGGCGAUCUACGAGCGCUAUCUGCUGCUGGCGCCUCCGCACCCCAGCAAAGGCGACGCCGCGGGUGUUGCAGCGGCCGGCGCGACGUCCAUCAACGUCCGCGACCUGCGCACGCUGCGCCGCGUCGCCUGUCUGUGCCGCUGCUUCUGCACCAACGGGUGCGAGGUGCAACCGCGUGCUGCUGCCGCUGCCGCCGCCGCGGGAUUGCAGAGCCGCACGGCUGCCUCCCCGCCGUCGCCGCCGACGGAUUUCUUCCUGCGGCUCGUGCCGACCUCGCUGCAGUACACCUUCUGCUUCACGGCCACCGCCCUACUGAGUGUGGCGGAGGAGGAGCGCUCGCUGGGCUGGGCCAUGGCAACGGCAAAGCUGAACCAACCACAGCACCAGCACCAACACUGCAAGGCCGGCUGUCGUCACCGAUCGUGCUCGACGGAGGCGGUGAACACGUCCGGGGCGCUGUCGGAUGGUGGCCGCACCGUCUACCAGGAUUCCUCCUUCUCGCGUGAGCGCAGCACGUCUGCGGUGCGCGUGGUGGACGGCGCGACGAUGCUGGGCUACGGCGAGGACCCGCGCUCGGCCACCUCGACCCCUAGCCCUCCCUUGGCGGCCGGCAGACUCGAUGAGCAGCAACAGGGAGGCAGUCUUGUCGGCGGCUCAGCGGACACGCGGCGUGCGGGGGACUUGGAGAGCCGCCUGCCACAGUCGCAGCGCUGGCGUGCCCUCUUGCUGCUCCGUGUUGUCGACACGGCGUACUACAACGACCAGGUGCCGGCCGGGUGGCGGCGGUGGCGCUACGCCUCGAGUGGGAUUCUGUGCCGCCCCCUCGUCGUCGACUCUCUCGACGGCAUCGUGCGGUACAUCCACGGCAGCCGGCUCGCCUUCUACACGGCGGUGGCCUUCCUCGACCGCUUCAUUGCCACCACGGUGGACCCCAUUGCAAACUUCACGGCCUAUCGUCGGCAGAUCUAUCGCGCCCGCACCGGGCAGGAUAUGGACUUCAGCAUGAUGGCAGGCAGCGGCGUUGGUGGGCCGGGCAGCAGUGACCUCCUCGACGGGUCGGCGGUUCACCGCGGGAGCGGCAGGGGGCUUGCGAUGGAGCAGCGGUCGUCACGGCAGCCGCCCUACGGCGACGACGAUGAGGUGCAGGCCCGCGACAUCUGCGGCUUCCUAACGCAGGUGAUCGUCGUGUGCAUUAUGCUGGGCAGCAAAACGGUCGACCUGUACCCUCCGCGCAUUCGCCAGCUCAUGGGCUGCGUGGAGGACACCGCCCCGAUCAGCGAGCAGGAGUUUGUGAUUUUGGAGUUGCACGUGCUGCAGACCCUCGCCUUCCCAGUUCACCCCGUGACGCUCUUUGAGUCGGUAAACGCGCUGCUCGCCCUGUCGACGAGCGACAAGCUCUUUGCGACGCUGACCGCCUCCCACACGACACGACGCCUACUCGAGGAGCACCAAGAUCGUGGGCAUUUAGUGGACGAUGUGGAGAAGCUGCUGAUGGAGCAGGAGGAGAAGGACGCGGCGGCGGCGGUGCGCGGCAGCGGUCACGGGGCCUUGUCGCAGCCUUCUCCCCCAACAGCAGCAGUGUUGGCCCCUGGCACGGCGCCCUCACAGAGGCGUUCUUCUCACGGGUACGGCGGCGGCCACCCGUCAGAGUCGCUCACGCACACGAGCCGGCAGGCGAUCAACGACUGGCUGCGGCUGCGGCUGUUCACGUACUUCGUGUGCGACGAGGUCAUCCGCGCCGACGCCGCCGGCUCGUCCAGCGCGUCCUCCUCCGCCUCGGGCAGCCGACUUGACACCCCCGCCCCCACGCGGGACGCUCGAGGGGAGGAGCAGCAACACCCGCAGCAGCACGAGGUGCACAGCGGCGACGAAGACACGGAUUCGUCGGGGGACAGCUGCAACGUACUUCAGUACUCCCCCGUGCUGGUCGCGACCGCAGCGCUCGUGACAGCAGCGGAGCAGGUCUGUAUGCCGCUGCCUGCGCCGCUGCUGCGACUGCUGCCGCCGUCGGUGCGUGAACGUUUGCGCGAGGCGGACGCCCCGACGAUGAUGACGACGACGGACGACACGCUGCGGGCGCGACGGCGCUACGGCUGCAAUGAAGAAUCGAACUCGAUGGGCCGUGAAUCGCCAUCGCCCUUCAAACCCACUUCAGGGACGGCAGCGGCAGAGACGCUUCGACUUACUGCGCAGCCAAUGGAUGACAGCUACAAAAUGCUGGAGGAGCUCUCUAUGCUGCUGGAGGCGGAGCUGGUACGGCUGAGCGCUGCUGAUGGACGCCGUGGACCGGGAUUGCGUGGUGCCGGUCUCAUGUCCCCCUCGCGAGAUGUAGCGGAGGAGCAGGACGUAGGCGACGAGGAGGACGCGACACCGGCAGCCCUCGCGUCUUCGUCCGCAGCAGGCACUCUUCGUAGUAAACGUGAAGGUCUCACGGGAAAUGCGCUGGGGGGUGCUCCACAAAAGGCCGCGGCGCGCCGCAGCGCGAUCGUGUCCGCGCUGCCGUGUGUCGAUCCGUGCGCAAUGGAGCUGUUGGGGCGGGUAAUCCGCCAGGUGAAGAUCAUCCACGAGCGCAGUCGCGAGAGCUGCCCGCCUGUGUUGCUUCAGCGCUAUCAAUCGUUGUUUCGGGAGGCGGCUUAG